AGCGAGAGAAUGAUGGCGCCUGCUAUGGAAGCGCCAGCCUACCUAUUCAUCUGAAGCACCUCGGGGAAACAACAUCAACCGCAGCAGCAAGCGCGCCUUAAAGCGUCUCGUUUUAAACACAGAUAUGUCGGUCUCGGCUCGCUGGGGUUGAGAGAUGUGUGAGAGUUAUGCCCGCUCGCUGCUGCGGGUGUCCGUGGCGCAGGUCUGCCAGGCGCUGGGCUGGGACGCCGUGCAGCUCUCCGCCUGCGACCUGCUGUCCGACGUGCUGGAGAGAUACCUGCAGCAGCUCGCCAGAGGCUGCCACCGCUACUCGGAGCUCUAUGGACGGACAGACCCUGGGCUGAGUGACAUCGACCAGGCCUUUGGACUGAUGGGGGUCAGUAUAGCGGAGCUGGAAGAUUACAUCAACAACCUUGAGCCAGUGGCCUUCUCUCAGUCUGUCCCUCAGUUUCCCAUCAGCAAGAGCAGCGUACUGCAGUUCCCCGCCGCUGGCUUCGAAACUGAUGCCCGCAAUGCCCUACGUGGAGAGAGGAGAGAAUACAUCCCAGAAUACUUCCCUCCACUUGUCUCACUGCAAGAGGAUGAAGAGGAGGAAGAGCAGGUCUCUGCAGACAUGGGUACAUCUGCUGAGGCCAUGCAGGUGUCUCUGGGCGAGGAAGAGGAUGGUGAGGAUGAAGAAAAUGAUGAGAACUGGCUGGGCCAGCGCAGGUCAGAUAGCCCCAGGCCAGAGGGACUUUUGCCUGCUGCUAAGAGGCCUCGUUUGGGCACCAAACCCGGCUCCAGUCCUGAAUGGAGCUUCGAGCCGAGGGAACCUCUCAGCUCGCUGAAUGCCCAGCACAUGCCUCGCUCUCCUUCGCCACCGCUGACCAUCGAGCCUGCCCGGCCCACUGUGGCCCCUCCCACGCCAAGCCACAAGCCCAAAAUCCCCUCACUCUCCCCAGCCCGCCAGAAGAACAAAUCACCCAAAAGAGGGGGUGGCUCUGCCUCUUCCGGUGUUUCUGCCCGCCCGCUGGCCUUGACUCCACCCAAGAGUGCUCAGAAGGCAGGGAAAAGGUCACCUGGGCGACCCCGAAGCCCUCGGAGCCCACGACCAGGACCAGCCAACUUGGUGCCCGCCCAGUUUGGAAGGGGCUGGGCAGGGCUUCAUGCUGAAGUGGUUGCUAAUGAUGGGCAGUUCAAAGGUCACGACGCUAAAGAGGAGGCUAUUGAGGAUUCCAUCGCUGCAGUGAUAGAACGAGUACGUAAAGACGAAGCAGGCCCAGUUGACCCGUUUGCAUAUGAUUCAGGCUCGGACAGCGAUGGGCUUCCAAGCCCCCCAAAAAUUGGACCCAAACACAUGCAAGGCCUCAACAUGCCUAAACAGCCGCUUGUUCCGAGCAAGCACGCUCACAUUCUCGGUGCUAAACAGCUAGCCACACCACUAGCGCCUUCGUUACCUGCCCCGAGCCGCUGGACUAUGGACGACUCCAUAGACGAGGUCAUCAGAAAGGCCAAUCAGAGCCAACCUGUGGCUUCCCAGUCGCCAUCGGAGCCCGCAUACUUCUCCUCGCCCUCCGAAUCUCCUCCCACGCCGCAACCCCCACUAAAACCGCUCCAGGAACGCAAAGAUCCGACCGCCACCCCCACUCUCCUCAAGAAGAAGCUCAAAAAGGACGUCAAGACCAAGCUGAAGAAAAAAGAGAAGGAGCGGCUGAAAGAGAAGGGCAAAGACAAGGGUAAAAACAAGGAGAAAAACAAAGAGAAGAAGAGAGAGAAAGAGCGAACAGGGCAGAUGGAGGAGAACAAGAUGCCCUGGCCUGAGUUAUCACUAGGCAUGGACGAAAGAAGAGACAACGCUGGUGGUGGCAGCAAGAAGGAGAAGGACAAGCACAAGGACAAGAAGAAAGAUAAAGAGAAGAGCAAAAAGGACAAAGAGAAGCGAGACAAGGGCAAGGAGCGAGGGAAGGAGGAGAGGAAGUUGUCUCUAGGGGCCAAAGAAGCCGCAGUCGCAGCCCCUGCCGCAUCACUUCCACUGUUCAGCCCUUCUUCGUGUCUACGCAUCCCCUCAAUGCUUCCUCCUCUGCAGCCAAUCCUACCCGAAAAACUGUUCCACCCCAAGGAGACCAAGAGCAAGGAGAAGGACAAGAAGAAGGACAAGAAGGAAAAGAAGAAAAAGAAGGACAAAGAGAAAGAGCGUGAAAAGGAGCGAGAGAAGGACAGAGAGAAGGAGCGGGCCCGUGAGAAAGAGAGAGACAAAGAGGAGAAGAAGAAGGAGAAGGAGAAAGAGAAGAAGGAAAAAGCAAAAGAAAAGGAAAAAGAGAAGCCUAAACUGGAGAAGCCGGCUGUAAUGGUUGAACCUCCUGCAGUGCCUCAGUCUCCGGUCAUUCCCAGACUAACGCUGAGAGUUGGAGCUGGACAGGACAAGAUUGUUAUCAGUAAGGUAUCGUCCGAUUUGGAGCCCACUCCUCCUCUUCCGCGGACGCCGGUGGCCCGGGCCGGUCCAGGUGCACGGGUGCGCGCUCUCCCACCCCUUCCUCCUCCCGCCCCGGCUCCAGUUGCCUCACCACCCCCUCCACCCCCAGUGCUCCAGCCCCAACCCAGCCAGGCCAAAGCCCGUGGCUGCAGCGUUGUCACUGAGACUGUCAGUGCAUACGUGAUUCGUGACGAGUGGGGUAAUCAGAUCUGGAUUUGUCCUGGCUGUAACAAGCCUGAUGAUGGAAGUCCUAUGAUCGGUUGUGAUGAGUGUGAUGACUGGUACCACUGGCCGUGUGUAGGUAUCAUAGCGGCCCCACCGGAGGACCAGUCCUGGUUCUGUGUGAAGUGCGCUGGCAAGAAAAAAGACAAAAAAACAAAAAAGAGGAAACGUAAAGCGCACUGAUCAUCAGCUCUCUAGCUUUCUCUCUCUCUCUCUCUCUCUCUCUCUCUCUCUCUCUCUCUCUCUCUCUCUCUCUCUCUCUGUCCCUCUCCCUCUCUCUCUCUGUCCCUCUCUCUC